AUGCCGACGAGUGGCGGUCCGGGUUCGGGUUCGGAUCCAUCGAUUAAGCGGGAUCUUCAGGCAACUGCGGAUCUAUUGGAUGCUUUACAACGUGUAAGUUGUUUUUUAUAGAUAGUUUUAUUUGCUUUUCGCAGUGCAACAAGGUUUUGUACUGUUGUUCACGUCGUUUUAAUUAUCACUGUUUAGAAAUAGGCUCAUAUCUUUAGACUGAACCGUUUUUGAAAAAAAUGAUCAAUUAGUGCGAUUUAGCCAGAGUUUUCCGGUUAGCCUUACUCCAAAACGUUUACGCAUCUUCAUUCUAGGACCCAGCGCUGCUUGAAGACCCGGAUUUCAUCAGACGUCUUUCGAUUCUACGCCAGAAACACGAGGAGACCACGAAUUUUCUGGCCAGAAAAGUGGGAGCCCCACCUUUGCCGAUCACUACGAAAAGAGAAAAAGUUGUGGAAUAUAGUUUCCGCGAGAAUUCUUGUCAUUUUGUGCCGGUUCGAGUGGCUCCUCCGCCUCCAGGGCCUGUCAGGCUCCAAAGCUCUAAAGCACGGAAUUUCGAGGCUUCGGAGGCCGACGCCGCCUAUCAUGGGGCAUCGGAAUCGUCGAUCCAAGUGCAAGAAUCGAACCAACGGGUGUCUGGGAAGCAUAAUCAUCUGAAAACCCGUGCCACAUCAUCACCAAAUCGUCGAGAUCAUCGUCAUAGUCGAAAUUCGGAGUCUCAAUCAACUACUAUCCGGUCGUCAAGUAUGUUACACUUCAAAGUUUCUAUGAUUUAAAGAAUUUCGGAAACAGACAAUAGCAGUCGUCAAAGUACGGUCCGUGAAAUCCUCUCCACCGCCACAAAUCGUCAUCUGAUGCCGAGAAGUGCCACGUCGUCCGCCAACUUCGCCACGUCAUCAGUGGCGAUGCCAUCGGGUCUUUUGCUGAGCAACACUCUAACCAAACACAUUCCACGUCACUCCUACCACAAUCUUGCCACGUCGUCGCAAGUGGUUGAGGAGAGUUUUCUGGAAGACGGACUGUCCACAACACGCGAGGUGCCCACUAUUGUCGAUGAAAUUGUGGGCGAGGAGGAGCCGGUGAGGACGUCGGUGAAGUUUUAUGAGGAAAAGGAUGGGAAACCGUGGAAGAGCAAGUCGAAAUCCAUGCAAAAUGUGUACGUUCCACAGACCACUGUACCCAAACCGUUUCAAUUAUCUCUACGGCAAGUUUUAUCAACUUUCCGGUUAUCAACUUUAGAACUUUGUUUUUUACAGAAAAACCAUCGAAAACACCUACGCAAAAAAGUUCAUGAGCGAUCUGAUCGCUGAGAAGAAGCAAAAAGAUAAAGAGGCGGAGAACGAGUUGAAAAAGGAAAAGUUCAAAGCGAAGCCGGUGCCGAAAUCCACGUACCUACCCACAAAUACGUUUGCGACCGAGUUAAAGUACGUGGAAGCGAUGCGAAAGAAAGUGGCGGCGGUGGCUAAAAAGAAGUUCGACGUGCAGAAUGAGAUGGUUCGCUCGAAGAGUGAAGGCAACUUGAGUAAGAGUUUUUUUUCAGUUUUUUUGGGGACACUGUUAAGAAACAGUGUUUUAGCUCAAAAAGCACAACAUUUCCAACAUGUUUCUAGUUGUACACUUUCUCAAAAAAUCAUUGGUUCACGAGAUAUGGCGGUUUGAAGUUACUCGAUAAAAAUUCGCAAGAAAAUUCAGAAAAAAAGUUGCGCGCACCUUUACCGAGUAGUUAUUCUUUGAAGGUUCGCGCUGAAGUAUUAUGAACAAUUUAUUGUUUCAGCCUCCAUAAAACCGCUCGGCUACGUGCCACCAAGCACGUACAUCUCCCCGAUUCCUGUAAAACCAAACGCUCGGAGCCGAAGCGCCACGACCAGAUCGGCAAUUCUCAUACAAGAAGCCACCACUCCCAAAGGGAUCAAGAGCCAUCGGGCCACUUCGAACCUCAACCACCAUCUGAGACACGGCCGAUGCACCAUGGACACCACUGCGGUGGCGCUGCAUCGAAGGAUCUCACCGCCGGAUUUUCAUAAACUUCACGCAAAGGUAAGUCCUCGGAUAUUGCUUCCUUCAAGUUUCGUGUUCCUAUUUUAUUUCAGAUCGAUGAAGAGUACCGUCGAGUGUCUUCGAAACCCACCACAGUUCCAAUGCCCUUCAAAUUCGCCUCUCGGAGCAAAUCCGCCAGUUCGCGGCACUCGAAUUGCCAGGAAAAAGAGCCGGAGCAAUUCAAAAAUGAAAAAUCUUCGCGCCGAAUAAAAUCCGCGGCGCUUCACCCAAACCGAGUGCCCAGUACUCACGCGGCUCAGCUCAGAGAAGAGUUGAAUCGGGCCAAAGUUCAGAAGGAAAACUCGGAAAAUGCGGGGCCGGGUGAGUUUUGGAAAGACGACAAUCGCCGCAAAAUCGCAUCGUUCCUGGGAGCUCGGAGUAAGACUGAAGAGGAUAUUGCGAUUAGGACCAGGAGAAAAAUGUGAGCAUUUAUAGAUUUUCUGAACUAAAAUUUGAUAUUUUCAGUCAACAACAACAAGAGACGGCGCAGGAUUACAUGCGACAAUUGGCACAAAUGAAACAGAGGUUUGCACACUUUCAAAUUAACUUUUACUCAAAAUUUUUGCAAAAUUAGGCUCCAGUUUUUCCAUAGAAAACACUGAGUGUCGUUAAAUCUGGUUCAUUGACUGAAAAAGCCAGAUCUUACAACAGAAUGCUGAAAUGAAUGAUUUUACGCAUUUUCAGAGUGCUUAAUGGUCCGCUAAUCAUGGAAAAACAAAGCGCUCUGGCCCAGGAGCAUCGUCUAAAAAGGAAAUUUGAGCUCCGAAUGAAGUCUGCCAAUAAAACCAGUGAAUUGUCCACGAAACCAUCCAAAGAAUCAAGAAGAAACUCGGAAACAUCCGCCGCCGGCACAUUUAUCGUCGAAAAGGAGUAUGAGGAGGAUUUCGAGGAGGAAGAGGGCAAGAAAUCUUCCAAAACCUCUACUAAAAGCUCCAAAAAGUCGUCUAAAUCAUCCAAAUCUUCUGAAUCCGCGUCUGGAUCGCAAUCUGAAUCUGAUGAAGAGACUUCUGAACCUGAAUCCGAUUCAUCUGCCUGA